GUUUGAGGUGUAAGAAGGCUGGACACGCAAAGCAUCUUACUAAGCUGGAUGAAUGGGAAGCAUAUGCGAGACGCUGCCCCAAGCUCUCAUCAUUCCCACUUCAGAGACUUCGAGCUGGCUUGCCUUCCUUUACAGGCUGUCGGCGGAGGAAGAUUGCCAGCCUGAUCGUCUUAUUACAUCCUCAGGGGAUUGCUCUUCGAAAGAUGCCGGUACCCGUUGACGUACUAGUCAGAGCAUCCAUCUUUCAGACACGGAAAUAUGCCGCCGCUGAGGCGAGGUUUGAGAGCUCCCCCAAUACUCCAACUACUGACGUCUAGCACUAUUCCAUAGUUGCAACUAACCUUCUUCACUGUCUCUCAUUUUCGUCAACACUUCUUCCGCAACAUUGAACAGGACGCACAUCGUUUUGUUGGUCGCCAGUCGUAGCAGGAAGCCACAUCACCGACUUCCCGAAGUUCCACACUCAGCCUUUGAAAUGGCAGCCAAAACAGUCGAGAUCGACUCCAUCUCAUACUACACGGUGCUCGAGGGUCCGGCAGAUGGAAAGCUGGUCGUCUUGAUUCACGCGUUGAUGGCUAACAUGGAAAUAUGGGAUUCAACUGUCCCUGCCCUGAACAAAGCAGGAUACAAAACACUCCGUUACGAUCAUGUCGGGCACAACAAGACGCCCGCACCUUCUGAUCCCAACCGAUCAUUUCACUUUGACGAUUUCACCCGUCACAUCCAGCACAUCAUUCAAACCCGUUGUCCUAACGAUAAACCUUACGCGCUAGUGGGAUGCAGUAUUGGCGGGGUACUCGUCCUUCGCUACGCGCAGAUGUAUCCUGGCUCUGCUCAGAAGAUUAUCUCAUGUGCAGCGCCUGGAGCGAAAUCUCUCGAGGUAUCGAAACCGAAAUGGGCUUCACGUAUUGAACAAUUCAAAGCCGAAGGUACUGUGGAUAACCUGGCAGUGGCCACGGUUGAGCGGUGGUUUCCUGAGCCUUGCGAGCCCAGCAUCCGGGAAAAGGCACUUCAGAUUACAAAGACGUGCACACUUCCGGGCUAUGAGAUCUGUGCAAAGUGUACGACGAAUUAUGACUAUAGCGGCGAACUUGAACAGAUCAAGAAGGAACAGGUGCUCAUUCUAGCCGGCGAAAACGAUUCAAACAUUGGGCCUAAGGAGGUCCUUGUUGACGUGCAUAUGAAAAUCAAAGGCUCGAGAUAUGUGCUCAUGAAGGAUACGGGGCAUAUCCCUCCUCAGCACCAGCCUGCCGAUUUUGAGAAGAUUCUGUUGGACUUUCUGCAAGAAUAAUUCGUAUUCACCUCGGUGUGUAGCAUACGGAUGGAAACGAUAUACUGUAUAUACUUGAGUUGAGAAGAGCUUAAGAAUCCCCCGUUCGUGGGGAAUGCGC